GCUUUGUCAGCAAUGGAGUGAUUCCUAACUUGGGAUCUGACACAACUGAGUUGGAUCUGCCAGCUGUACAAAGAUACUUAGAUGAUUACAAAAGCUGCAUUCAAGAGAUGACUAAACUAGCCUGUGGCAGUAUAGAUUUGUCCCUUGAUGUCCAGACUUCCUUAGCAGUACCUGUACAAAUUGUCAGAAAGUACUCUCACUUCAUAAGCACAAAUAACUGCUCAGAUAAUAGUCUUACAUCUGCUUUGCGGGAAUGUGAUGGCAUUUGGGAUCUAGAUGUGGAUCCGCUACUGAAACAUACUGACAACAGUGACUUAAUUCAAGCCUGCAGUUCUAUUGAGAUAUUUGGCAACUGUGUCAAGCAAAAGGUAAUUCCACUGUGUGAAAAGAUGGAGGUUGCAUCAACACAUCCCAGUGUACAUUCAUACCUGUCUAAUGCUCUGGAUGUAUACAAGACAAUUUGCUCACAAGAUCUGAAUGCAGUCAGUGAAGCCAUGUGCAACAAGCCUGACCUGCUUAUAGCAUUUAUGGAGUGUGGAGGCAUCAUUGACUACAGAGUAGUUCCAUUUUCUGAUGACCCUAAUGAUGAUGUUAAGCUGGAAAUUGCUUGCAGAGGUGUUAAGGAGUACAAAAGGUGCAUUUUUUCAAGGCUAAAUACAGUUUGUCAAGAAAAAAUUAUCCCAAUGAGCAAUGACAUAACCAAGUAUCUCAGAAACUAUUACAACCUGUAUGACUGGGUUUGUAAUGCCACCACUACAGGUGAAUAUUGUCACACAGAAGAACUGAAACAAAACCUAACCAAGUGUGUCGGACUCCUUAACAAAGAAUUCGACAUUUCUGUCACUGGACUUGACACAGACUACUUUUGCACCUUCUUGGAGGAUUACAAACUAUGCCUCAGCACUCGCACUAGCCUUGCAUGUCGUAAAAAUGAGCAAGCAAUGCGCUCUCCAGAAAUUAUCUACCUCACAAAAGACAUAGUCUCCAAGUUCAUGAGUCUCUGCAACAUGAUAGACAUAAAAGAAUGUAGCAGAGAUAUCAUCUUGGAGAUCAUUCACAAAUGCAAAGGGUUCAUAAAUUACAUUCUGAUCGACAGCCUUCAGGACAGUACCGAUCCGCUGGGCAUGAAAGAAGCUUGCAGAGAUAUUUCCUAUUACCACCACUGCGUUCAAUCUGAAGUUUUCAAAGUGUGUGAUGUCUCAAGCCCUGUGCUUCAAGACCAAGUAAUUCAGGAGUACAUGGUAGGCCUAACCAGGAAUCUAUCCUGGGUGUGUGACCUCAACACCAAACCUGAGAACUGCACAGUGAAAAAUAUUUUGCCAUACAUUGCUGAAUGUCAAGGAUUCAUAGAAGGCAUUGGAGAUCCCCACAAUCUUCGAAAAGCUGACAGUUUUGGGCUGAAUGUUGCUUGCAGCUUUAUUCAGCAGUACAAAGAAUGUAUCGACCUCAACAUUAGAUAUGUCUGCAGGGAGCCGAAAGUGCUAUCCGAAGUAUCAGAGAUCAGCUUCUACACACAAGACCUUUAUUACAAAUACUCCUGGACAUGCAACAAAAAGAAAAAUGGUGAAAUAUGCGACACCGACAAGCUUCUCAGUCACCUAGAACAGUGUGAUGUUUUUCUUGUCCACGGAGUGAUGCCCUAUGUUGAUAGCUCAUUUGAAACACUGAAGUACAGUUAUGUUUGCGAUGCCCUGGAGGAUUACAGGCAUUGUGUUGUUUCAAAAAUCAGCAGGCACUGUGGGUAUGACACCACGAUCGUACAAAAGUCACUAAUAAGGCAGUACCUUUUUGACUUGUACAACAAAUACAAGUGGAUAUGUGACAAAGCACACAAAAUUGAAUGCACACCACAACACUUGGCCCUACAUGCCAAAAACUGCGAGUUACACUUGAACUUCAGCUCUGCACCUCAUGUGGGGAUUCAUGAUCAGGAUAGUAGCAUUCUGGUUUGUAGGGGACUUCAUGAAUACCAAUCCUGCCUUCGGCAGAUUUACUACAAUCUGUGUGCUUACAACAAUUCAAUGAAGCCUUGGAACUCAACUUACCUGUUGUCCUCAAAACGCAUAAAGAACAUUGAGGAGGCAUGCUCGAGGCAAAAGGAUCCCAUCGGCAUAGAUGUGUGCAACACAAAGGUCCUCAAUGACUUGUCCCAUCGGUGUCAUGGGAUUGUUGAUACAAACCUAAUUCCCAAUGUGCGCAAAAAGAAUAACAGCCCAAAGCUGCAUGAGGCAUGCAGUGCUUUGACACAAUUUCAGCAAUGCAUCCACCGCAACCUCGGUCAUUGCAAUACCACAGCAGGCCUCAGCAAAGAGGUACCUCAGAAAUACAGCUGGGUGUGCAAGGAAACAUCAAACCAUACCACUGCAACCACAUGUAAUGAAACAGUACUAUUGGAAGAGAUGCAAGAGUGCCUUGGGAUCAUGUAUUUUAUAGUGAUACCAAAUGCAGCUAUGAAAAAGGAUCAAGCAUCUCUUGCAAAUGCUUGCAAGGGCCUCAAACAUUACCAGAACUGUGUGUUAAGCAAAACAUCAAACAUAUGCGCAAAUAAAAUCCUUGUGCGGUCGACAAAGGUACGACGACUAACCCGCCACAUCAUGAAAAGGUUCAGUUGGACUUGCAACAUUCAAGGACAGAAUCAAGAGUGCAAAACACACAACAUAGUCGAACAUCUGAAAACGUGCCUGGGUUUUAUAGACCUUUCAGUAACUCCCAACAUUUUUUAUCCCUUGGACAAAGAUAAAAUGCAGAUGGCUUGCAGUGGUCUUGAGGACUACCAGGACUGUGUAGACAGCAAGCUCUAUGAAAUGUGUGCUCCACUAACUAAAUAUUUCAAACGAAAGGAUGUGAAGUUGUUUACAGAGCUGCCAAGCAAGUAUAGCUGGGUUUGUCACACCAGCCACACUCAUGAAUGUACUGUUGAGAAUGUGAUGAAAAGCAUAAAAAUAUGCAAAGGGCUGAUAACAACUGUUCUUUUUGCCAAAUUGAACAAAGAGGAAGCAGACCAUAACCAAUCUAUGGCAUGCAGAGCCAUGCAGUCAUUUGAACUAUGCACAACCGUUCAAGUUGGGAAGAUCUGCCGCCCAGAUGAUAUCGUUCUUCGCCACCACAAUGUCAGAUCAGCGACUGAAGAGAUAUUGAACACUUAUGACUGGGUUUGCAGUAACAAACACUCAUCACAAUCUAUUGCUAUUGUGGAUGCUGCAACUAUGUUUCGAGAUAACAGCUGCCAACAAGACCUCUUAAGAGACAAGCUGAAGCAUUGUCAAGAUUCUUUUGAGAAAGGGAUUCCUGUUGGUGUCUUGAAUGACAAGUUUGUAUCAAGAGAUCUUGAGCUGACAUGCAGAGCUCUUCAGUCUUAUCAGACAUGUUCUCAAUUAGCACAAUUAGAACUGUGCUCAAACCAUGAGGAAAGUGUUAAAAUCGUUCUGGACUACUCUAAGGUCUUGUAUGAAACCUAUAAUUGGACCUGCAAUGUGCAAACUGAGGCAGUGUGUGAUGAAGCCUUUCUGUCAAAAUCUAUUCCUGCCUGUCUGGAAAUUCUUAAAAAUGAGCUCAUACCACACAUCAAUGGAAUUGCCAGUGGAAAGGUUCAGAAAGCAGCAUGCGAGGGCUACAAGCACUACAAACGCUGUGUCAAAUAUAUAAUAAACUCUAACUGCCAAAAUGUCCACAUUGAUAAUGCAGCAAGCCAUGUGGGAGUUUUAAGCUUCCUUACAAAUAAGCUGUCUUCAAGUUUUCAGUGGUCAUGCAAUGGAUUUCACUGCAAUGGAAAUCAAGUUAUUAGCAACAUCAAAAAAUGUACACACAUCUUGCAAGAGUUAUCAAGCUCUUUUGUGAAAAGUGCAAGAAUAGAUCCUUGCGAGAAAGUUCUAGCGUACAAGAAAUGCAUCCAUAAGAAGAUGGACCUUCCCUGCACUCUAAGCAACCAUCUCCUGCAGUCAAAAGAGCUAGAACAUUAUACAGAUGUUCUGUAUAGUGCUUUUGAUGAAUUUUGUGGUGGAGCACGAUCAGAGUGUGACAAAGAGGAACUCCUGCAAGGCUUGUAUAGGUGUGAAGAAAUAAUCUCCAAGCAAGUCCAACCAUACACCAUGGACAGAGGGAACCAGUACCAAAGUAGGCUGGCAUGCAGGGGCCUGAGUGAGUACAAGUGGUGUGUCACCAAUGUGAAAGCUUUGUUACAUUGCAAAAAUGAAGAUGAGCUGGAAAACGAAGGAGACAUUGAUAAAUUAAUUAUUGCCAUUGAGGAAAAAUACAAUUGGACAUGCGAGGAAAAUUCAAAAAUAUGCACAGCUCCCAAGUUUAAAUCAGCCCUUAAACCAUGCUAUAAAAUUUUGUCAACCGAUGUGCUGCCAAAUAUACUCAGCUACGACAAUACCACAAGGAUGGAGACUGCUUGUCGGGGGGUACGUCACUACCAGGUCUGCGUAAGUAAGAAGCUGCUUGACUUAUGCAAGAGGAAGCCUGUAUACACAGAUGAAAUGCUAUACUUCAAGGAUAAAGUUCCAAAGCUGCUGAUGUGGACAUGUUCAUGGACCUCUAUGAGAGGACAUUGCAAUGAGCAAGCUCUCCUUCUCAAGAUGGCCUCUUGUGCCUUUGAGCUACAGCAGAGUGCUGUGCCCACAAGCUAUGGAAACUAUAGCACGAGUGAACAGAUGGCAGGCUGCAGAGCUUACACAACCUACAAGAUGUGUCUGUUGAAUGUAACAUCCGAGACAUGCAAAAACAAUGCUACAAUCAUGCAAAGCAAAGUCGUGCAGCACUUUACUUAUGACAUACUCAAGCAAUAUGAGCAUUACUGCAACUACAAAGUGGCCCACCAAGAACUCGCUGGACAAAUAUCACGGUGCAAUGAAGAAGCUUUGCGAAUUAGAUACAUCGAAUGCAGUCAAAUAAUCUCUACAGAAGUCAUUCCAUACACAGAUGAGCCCAGUGAUUCUCCCUUUCUUAAUGAUGCUUGCAAGGCCGUCAGAAAAUUCCAAAACUGCAUAGCAAAAAUUCCAACCCAAGACUGUUCAAAUGGGUUGAAAAUACCAUUUUCAGAAGAGUCAAGGUAUUAUAUUUUUGUUUUAAAGAAGAAAUAUGAGUGGGUGUGCAGUGGCAAUGGAGAUUAUAUGUGUAAUCCUGAGGUUCUUCUCCUGUACCUUGCAAAAUGUGAAGCCACAUUUAUGAAAUCUCAUGUGCGUGACUAUGUGGAUGUUGAUAUUCUGAGUGGCAUGGACUGCAGAGAUAUUCAAAAUUACCAGUGGUGUCUACGAAACUCUAUCUUUGAGUCGGACUGUGAAUACUACCAGAAUAUCCUUACAUCACCUGAAGUCCUGUACUUUACAGAUAAACUCCUUAGGCCAUAUGCUAAAAACUGCCAUGUCAACUUAGACUGCCAAAUAGGGUCUCUGUACACAGAACUUUCAGAAUGUGCACCUAUCAUCAAAGUCAAAGUCCUUCCAUUUGUGCAAGAAGGCUGGGUACAAAACCCAAUCACUGCUUGUGGGGGUACAAGAGAGUACCAGAACUGCUUCAGGCAUGCUAUGCAAAAAACAACUUGUGACAAAAGUGCAGCACUAUUCAAACUAGCCGAAGUGCAGUACUACAGGAACUUCCUAUUCAACUCAUACAACUGGACCUGCUUUGAGCAUGCUGCUCCAAUUGGAUCAUGUGAGAAAGAUCAAGUGUUACGAGACCUGCAAAAAUGCAAGUCCUCAAUUUUCGAUGCCACCUCUCCUGUAAAGCCUAGUUCCUGCAGCUCUUUGUCAGUUGCCAACUACCUGAGUUGCACCGAAAAAACCAACAUAAAGCUGGCUUGCACUGCCGAUCCAGCAAAAGUUUCUGAUAUCGCCAAACACGUCAGGGAGAAUCUCCUAGACUACCGAGCGACGUGUGGAUUUGACCAAAUUACUAAAUCUCUUGGGACCAAGUUUAUGAAAAAUGAAUUCGACCAGUGCCAGAUCAUGUUAAGAAAAUCCGAUCGUGUCCUGAAGUCUGCGCAAAUUCGAGAAACGAAGGUGGUCGAUGCAUGCCGAGCCCUACAGCUCUUUGCACUAUGCACAGAAUCUGCCAUUAUUCUAAGUAAAAACGUUGCCGAUUCCCAGGCAGUGGUAGAAAUACGCAAUGCAUCGGAACAGCUGACUAACAGCUACAAGAUAAAAUGUGCUCCACAUGAGUGUAACAGGAAGAAAAUUGUUGAAGAGUUAUACAAAUGCUUCUUGAAUGAUCCAGUUACAUCAAACUGCAGUCUGGCUCGAAGAAACAAUCUGACUGCACUGGCUCAGCCGUGCCUGACCAAAGUGUUCAAAGACAACGCUUGUGCCAGGAAAGUGGAUGUUGUCUAUGUCUCCAGAGAACUUUUCUCCACCAAAGUGAAUAUGCGAAGGCACGACUGCAAUAUGCUCAGGUCUCAAUACCUGCAAUGCAACCACGGCGAGUUUACCAGCUUCUUGCAAAAGUGCUACGAGAGCUUCCUAAGAGAAGUUACCGGAAGAAGCAUUGCGACACCGAAGUUCUGCAGAACAUACCACAAGUAUGGCAAUUGCGUGGACGAUGCCAGUGCGGAGACGUCCUGCUUCAACGUAACCAUGCUGCGUGCCCCGUAUGAGGCCAGCCUUCGGAACUUCACGUCGAAGUACUCGGACAUAUGCACGCAGUACAUUCGUAGCGUCAGUAACAUUACAAGACACUCACCUGUUGACAAAGCUGGCGUACCGGCGUCGGCCGGUUACGCCUUCACGAGUAGAAGUCAUAGAGUAGUCAUGGUUAUUUACCUCGCCCUGUUAUCCCCCCUGUUCCUUUCCUCGCCAUUUGCAUAUCGAAUUCGGCUUUGACCGCGCAGUUUUAUCAGGUGAAAUAAACUGUUUUCGUUGAACUCGUU